GAACAAUUAAACAGUAAUACUUUUAUAUAUUGAGCUAAGAAAGGUACUAAAAAAGUACCCUGUUUAUAAGUACCCAUCUAUCUUCUUUCUAUAAUAAAGGUAUAUAAAGCCCUACAAUUCACUUAGCAAACUACAACGUCAACAGAAUAAGCAACAAUUACAAUCUACACUUUAUCUCAAAAUAAUGUCACAGGAAAAACAAUGGACUGAAGUUUUUCACGCAAUAGACAAAGACAAAAAUGGGUUUCUUACUCGUGAAGAAAUUGCACAGUGCUUAAAAGAAGUUGGUGUUUGUCCGAAUGUCGCAGACAAAAUAAUCAAGGAAACUGAUAUGAAUAGUGAUGGAAAAAUUUCUUUAGAGGAGUAUUUAAACGCUCUAAGAAAACUCCCUCCUCGUGAAAAGUGUGUUGCAAGAUGGAAUGAAGUAUUUCAGUCCAUAGACAAGGAUGGUUCAGGAAAAGUUUCUAUCAAAGAAUUGGACGAAUUUCUAAAAUCCUCCGGUAUGGAUAUAGACCAAAAAAGUUUACAUAAUUGGAUGACACAAAAUGACAAAAACAAGGAUGGUGAACUAGACUAUGAUGAGUUCUUAGCCUACGUACGUCAAACAUAUAAGUAAUUUUUUGAUGACUGGUUUAAUAAUAGUCAGAUGACUUUUUAUCUGUUUAUUUAAAUAACUUCUGAAGUGAAUAAUUUAUGUUGUUUCUCUAGAAUUAGAAGGUUUAAUCAACAUGUUUUUCAAAUGGUAAUUUCUAUAAUUAAAUAAAAAUAUUUUCUAAAAAUAA